CCCGGCGGGGACGGGACCGCGACGGGACCGCCGCGAGAUCAGCGAGGACGGGACCGCGACGGGACUGCGACGGGACCUGCAGGGACGGGACCGCGACGGGACCGCCACGAGACCGGCGGGUUCGGGGACGGGACCGCCACGGGACCGCGACGAGCCCGGCGGGGACGGGACCGCGACGGGACCGCCGCGAGAUCAGCGAGGACGGGACCGCGACGGGACUGCGACGGGACCUGCAGGGACGGGACCGCGACGGGACCGCCACGAGACCGGCGGGUUCGGGGACGGGACCGCCACGGGACCGCGACGAGCCCGGCGGGGACGGGACCGCGACGGGACCGCCGCGAGAUCAGCGAGGACGGGACCGCGACGGGACUGCGACGGGACCUGCAGGGACGGGACCGCGACGGGACCGCCACGAGACCGGCGGGUUCGGGGACGGGACCGCCACGGGACCGCGACGAGCCCGGCGGGGACGGGACCGCGACGGGACCGCCGCGAGAUCAGCGAGGACGGGACCGCGACGGGACUGCGACGGGACCUGCAGGGACGGGACCGCGACGGGACCGCCACGAGACCGGCGGGUUCGGGGACGGGACCGCCACGGGACCGCGACGAGCCCGGCGGGGACGGGACCGCGACGGGACCGCCGCGAGAUCAGCGAGGACGGGACCGCGACGGGACUGCGACGGGACCUGCAGGGACGGGACCGCGACGGGACCGCCACGAGACCGGCGGGUUCGGGGACGGGACCGCCACGGGACCGCGACGAGCCCGGCGGGGACGGGACCGCGACGGGACCGCCGCGAGAUCAGCGAGGACGGGACCGCGACGGGACUGCGACGGGACCUGCAGGGACGGGACCGCGACGGGACCGCCACGAGACCGGCGGGUUCGGGGACGGGACCGCCACGGGACCGCGACGAGCCCGGCGGGGACGGGACCGCGACGGGACCGCCGCGAGAUCAGCGAGGACGGGACCGCGACGGGACUGCGACGGGACCUGCAGGGACGGGACCGCGACGGGACCGCCACGAGACCGGCGGGUUCGGGGACGGGACCGCCACGGGACCGCGACGAGCCCGGCGGGGACGGGACCGCGACGGGACCGCCGCGAGAUCAGCGAGGACGGGACCGCGACGGGACUGCGACGGGACCUGCAGGGACGGGACCGCGACGGGACCGCCACGAGACCGGCGGGUUCGGGGACGGGACCGCCACGGGACCGCGACGAGCCCGGCGGGGACGGGACCGCGACGGGACCGCCGCGAGAUCAGCGAGGACGGGACCGCGACGGGACUGCGACGGGACCUGCAGGGACGGGACCGCGACGGGACCGCCACGAGACCGGCGGGUUCGGGGACGGGACCGCCACGGGACCGCGACGAGCCCGGCGGGGACGGGACCGCGACGGGACCGCCGCGAGAUCAGCGAGGACGGGACCGCGACGGGACUGCGACGGGACCUGCAGGGACGGGACCGCGACGGGACCGCCACGAGACCGGCGGGUUCGGGGACGGGACCGCCACGGGACCGCGACGAGCCCGGCGGGGACGGGACCGCGACGGGACCGCCGCGAGAUCAGCGAGGACGGGACCGCGACGGGACUGCGACGGGACCUGCAGGGACGGGACCGCGACGGGACCGCCACGAGACCGGCGGGUUCGGGGACGGGACCGCCACGGGACCGCGACGAGCCCGGCGGGGACGGGACCGCGACGGGACCGCCGCGAGAUCAGCGAGGACGGGACCGCGACGGGACUGCGACGGGACCUGCAGGGACGGGACCGCGACGGGACCGCCACGAGACCGGCGGGUUCGGGGACGGGACCGCCACGGGACCGCGACGAGCCCGGCGGGGACGGGACCGCGACGGGACCGCCGCGAGAUCAGCGAGGACGGGACCGCGACGGGACUGCGACGGGACCUGCAGGGACGGGACCGCGACGGGACCGCCACGAGACCGGCGGGUUCGGGGACGGGACCGCCACGGGACCGCGACGAGCCCGGCGGGGACGGGACCGCGACGGGACCGCCGCGAGAUCAGCGAGGACGGGACCGCGACGGGACUGCGACGGGACCUGCAGGGACGGGACCGCGACGGGACCGCCACGAGACCGGCGGGUUCGGGGACGGGACCGCCACGGGACCGCGACGAGCCCGGCGGGGACGGGACCGCGACGGGACCGCCGCGAGAUCAGCGAGGACGGGACCGCGACGGGACUGCGACGGGACCUGCAGGGACGGGACCGCGACGGGACCGCCACGAGACCGGCGGGUUCGGGGACGGGACCGCCACGGGACCGCGACGAGCCCGGCGGGGACGGGACCGCGACGGGACCGCCGCGAGAUCAGCGAGGACGGGACCGCGACGGGACUGCGACGGGACCUGCAGGGACGGGACCGCGACGGGACCGCCACGAGACCGGCGGGUUCGGGGACGGGACCGCCACGGGACCGCGACGAGCCCGGCGGGGACGGGACCGCGACGGGACCGCCGCGAGAUCAGCGAGGACGGGACCGCGACGGGUCCGCCACGAGACUGGCGGGGACGGGACCGCGACGGGUCCGUCACGAGACUGGCGGGGACGGGACCGCGACGGGACCGCCGCGAAACCAGCGAGGACGGGACCGCCGCGAGCCCGGCGGGGACGGGACCGCGACGGGACCGGAGAAGACUCGCAAGGACGUGGGGGCAGGGACGGGACCGGGAAGCGACCAGGAGUUGCUCGGCCGGGUCCGCGAAGCGACAGCGACUGGCGAGCGGGACCGCCGCGAGCCCGGCGGGAACGGAACCGCCACGAGCCCCGGAAGAAAUCGGCGAGGGCGGCGACGGGACCGCGACGCGACCGCCGCGAGACCGGCGCGGACGGAGCGCGAAGGGACCGCCGCGAGCCUGGUGGGGACGCGGGGGCAGGGACGGGACCGGGACGGGACCGCGACGGGACCGGGCGGAUCCCGCCGGGGACGGUACCGUGACAGGACCGGGAGGAGGCCGGGGAGACGGCACCGCGACAGGACCGGGAGGAGGCCGGAGGGGACCGGACCGCGACGGGGCCGGGAGGGGGCCGGAGGGGACCGGACCGCGACGGGACAGGACCAGAAGAAGCUCGGCGGGGACGGGGAGGGACGCGUUCGGUAG